UUUGGAAAUUAAGAGAAUAUGGAGAGUUCAUAUAGGCUUUUGUUGGUUGCCCUUGUAACUUUCGCUACAGUUCACUUUGUUCAAGCUCAGGACGAAGGGUUUAUAAGUUUGGAUUGCGGGUUAUCCCCGAGUGAACAGUCUCCUUAUACUGAGUCUGCAACUGGAUUACAAUACUCAUCAGAUUCAAGUUAUAUCCAAACAGGAAAAAUUGCUAGAAUUCAGAGAGAUCUUGAGGAACCUCACUUACAGCCUCAAACAACGGUUAGAUACUUUCCAGACGGAAUACGCAACUGUUACAAUAUUACAGUGAAGCAAGGAACCAAGUAUAUGAUCAGAGUUAGAGCAAUAUAUGGGAAUUACGACGGUCUUAAUACUUAUCCUAGAUUUGACUUGUACAUAGGCCCUAAUUUCUGGAUAACACUAGACACUAAAGAGUAUGUCCGGAAGGAGAUCGUUCACAUCCCAAGAUCAAACAUGUUGGACCUGUGCCUUGUCAAGACGGACACGUCCACGCCAUUUAUAUCGGCCAUAGAAAUGAGGCCGCUACCAAAUAACAGUUAUAUCACCACAUCGGGUUCGUUGAAAUUGUUUUCGCGGUAUUAUUUUAGCAAUUCAGAGGACGUACUAAGGUACUCCGAGGAUGUCUAUGAUAGAAUGUGGAAUUCAUACAAUCAAACAGACUGGAAAGAGAUAUCCACAAGUCUUACGGUAAACACUUCCGAUAGUUUCCGUCUUCCCCAAAAUGCUAUCAAAACCGCUGCAACAUCUGCGAAUGCCAGCGAGCCAUUGAUAGAUAUCGAGUUUCCAGAAUCUGCUAAUGAUAAAGUUUACAUUUACCUCCACUUUGCUGAGGUCCAAGCCUUAAAAGGCAAUGAGACUAGAGAGUUUGACAUUUCUUUAAACGGAGAAUCCAUAAAAGAUUCGUACAAGCCUUUAUAUCUUCAGUCCGAAACAAACUUGUCUUCAAAUGGGUUGGCGGGAACUAUAGACGCUGGAAUUCAAAAUCUUACCCAUCUAGAAAAGUUGGACUUGUCAAAUAAUAGUUUGACUGGUGUAAUCCCCGAAUUUCUAGCUAACAUGAAAUCCUUAAUGAUCAUAAAUUUGAGCAAGAACCAUCUGAAUGAUUCAAUUCCACAAGCUCUCCGCGAUAGAGAAAAGGAAGGACUGAAGUUAUCUGUUGAUGGACAUGCUAUAUCAUGUCUACCUGGUUCAUGUAUCUCAGAGAAGAAAUUUCCGGUGUUGAUUGUUGCACUAGUUGCUUCAGUGGUGGUUGUGGUCAUAGUUAUGGUACUGGUUUUCAUUUUCGUGUUCAGAAAGAAAAAGACAUCAGAUCAUGUGGAAGCAAUACCCCGGUCUGUAGUUACUCCACGGGAGAAUUUCGCGUCCACUAAUACAACUGAGACAUCGAUCGAGACGAAAAACAGAAGGUUUAGUUAUGCAGAGGUAAUGGAAAUGACAAACAACUUGGAAAGAGCUCUAGGUGAAGGAGGGUUUGGUGUCGUUUAUCAUGGUUAUCUGAACGGUUCUCAGCAAGUAGCUGUUAAAGUACUUUCUGAAUCAUCAUCACAAGGCUAUAAAUACUUUAAGGCAGAGGUUGAACUUCCCCUAAAGGGUUCACAGUUAAAACCUGACACACAUCAAGUGGAAAUCAACAACGAGGCCUUGACGAGGCGAUUGGGAUUAGAUGAUACCGAGAAGGUGAAUGAGCAUGAGGGUAUGGCUGAGGCGGUACUCGAGAGUGAAAGUGUACCUAUGGCCGAGGAUGAGCCGAGCCAAGAUCAAGAUGAUGCAAACGCGAGAAGUGGUGUGAUAAGAAUCGGGAGUGAACCCAAAGGGCGUGAUGAGGAAACCACAUAA